UAAGUUGAGAGGAAUCAUCUCGCCAGCAAACAUGUCUACAACCGCACUACAGUUUGGUCCAGAGUGGAUGCGUAAAGCCCCUCUUUCGACACCGACGUCAGCCGUACCUCCCACGGCGCUCAAGAGCGACCGCGGGACGAUACCGUCAACCUCACCGGCGGCCAGCACUGGUUCACCUCUACCUUCCACCGCUGCUCAACAGCUGCAGGAAAUGGAGGGGCGCAGUUCGAGCUAUUCCAGCAUAUUGAGUGACUUUGGACAAGGGCCAAUUACACCUGUGACUGGACUCGAGGAGGACGGUAACCGUCCUUUUAGGUACUCCAAAGAACAGAUGGUCUCCGUUUGGCGUGACGGAGGUGGACGAGGGGAUCUACCAAUCGAUGUCGAGAGAUGGGAGGGCGUGACUCAGGAGGAAGGACGAGAGCCUGAGGCCGUGAGGGAAUGGAAUGACGAGGAACGUCGGUUCUACGCGGGGCCGAUCAAUUCUGAGCCCCCUCGUCGUCGCGCUGAUACACUGUCAAAUGCUCCGCUGAAUUCGCCGGUUGGAGAUCGUCCCCCCAGAGAGAGAAGGGAGACUUUCGGCAAACUUGGUGACGCUGGUCCGCCCAGUCCGAUGCGGGAGAAGUUCAGCAGUAGCGGACCUUUUAGUGCAAGCGUGCGCGGAAGGAGGCGUGAGGAAGGCUCGGGAGAUAUGCCUUCACCAGUCCGGGCCCGCAACUCAUCCUUCGGACAAUCCUUUUCCUCAGGUACCCCUCCGACGCCAGGCGGACUCGGUGCUGGACGAAGGGCCAUGGGUACAUUUGACGGUGUGCUCGGCGGUGGAGGCAGCAGAGAUGAAGGCGUGUGGAGCAGGCGCAAACCCGCUGAUGCGAGCGGCGUGAAUGGUACCGGCACGAGCUCUGCUUUCGGAGAACGCAGGCGGCCACUUGGACUGGGAUCUGGUGGCACGGAGGGUUCUGGAAACGCCACGGUGGCUUGGAGCACUGGCACGUCGCUGGCACGUCAUGGGUCCGGAGAUGAGCCUCAUAUACCGGAAGAGAGGGAUGUGGAACAGGCCACGAACCUUCAUCAGCCGCCUAUGGAACAUCAUACGAGCACCGGACUACCGAUAUCUCCCUCCCCCGAACCUAUGGUGAGAUCGUACGAGGCUGAUGUGGCCCUCAACGGUGUCCCCUCUGCUAUAAGUGGUCUUUCAAUGUCAGCAGAUCAGCGAAGUAUUGGCAUGGGUAUGGGCAGCAGUCGAGGCGGGCCGAGCCCAGACAUUCCUCGCACAACGUCGACUAGUAGCAUCUCCCCAGAGAACAUCAAUUGGUACUACAAGGAUCCGACUGGUCAAAUGCAAGGUCCCUUCCCGGCUCCCACCAUGCAAGAGUGGUAUGAAGGCAAUUAUUUUCCAGAUGAUCUGCUUUUGCGGCGCGAUGGCGACGACUUUCUCGAACCACUGCAAGAGCUGAAACGUCGUGCGGGUCCUCAUGCGAAAUUGUUCCUCUCUAUCAUUCCGCCACGCACUCCGCCCAAUCUAGUUCCUGUAUCCCAACCUAUCCCACAACCGUAUUCAGCCCCCGUCUUGGAAUCUCACCCCAAUCCUAUCUAUGGAACGCCGAACUACAGUAACAUGGAUACGUACGCCUCAUCGCCUAUCGUCAGUCAACAGCCAGGAUACGGUAUUCCCCAACGACAGCCCUCAUUGGAUUCGUUCGGCCCGAUCAGUCCUGUGGUACCAUCAUCCGUCAGGCAUCCAUCUCCUCGGCGUACGAUAGACACAUUGUACGCAUCUGAUGCGACACCGUAUGGUGCGAUCGGUCCUUCAGCGUUAGAUCGUGAGAGAGCAAGACAGCGCGAAAGAGAGGAGUUCAUUCGCCGCGAGGCGUUGAUGACCCAGCAACAGCAAAUACAGCAGCAACAGCAGCAGCAGUCAUUGGCACCUGGCGCACCCGUACAGAGGAACGGAUAUCGCAAUGACACCCUCAGUCGGGAUUCCCUCUACGACUCAAAUGCUCCCAUUGGGAACUUACAACGUAUGCUUUCUGAAUCUGGCCACAUGUCACAUCCUAUGGAUCAACAACAGUAUUUACCACUUGUCAACCCCCCCAACUACGGUCCGAGGUUCCAAUCCCCCAUUCAAAACACGA